CAUCAUCUUGCUGCCUGUUCCAACCUGAUCUGUGAGGCCUGAGAGAAAAAAAGGCGGAGCAAGCACUCUUCAUUGUCGUGUGCAACAGCUGCCGUAGGAUCUGUGAUGGUGCUUACUGCUUUGCGCAGCCGUGGGCUGCAAGCUUGUUCCCACGUGGCGAUGCGAGCCGCGAUUGCACCCCAGACACAACAACUCGCCCCCGCCGAAGGAGUAGCAGGUGCGCGCCGCCUGCUUAGCAGCCCGGCCCCCACCGGCGCGCCAUCUCCAACAGCGGCGGCGAAAGGGCAGAGCCAGCUGCACAGGGGCAAAAAGGCGGAAGGGGAAGAGAGGAGGUUGUGGCCCUACCUCAAGGCCGCCAGGCAGCAGUUCUUCAACGUAAUCCUGGCCACCCUUUCCAUCGUGAUGGCGGUCAAGAUGGUGGAGGGGAAGGGGGCGAGAGUGGCGUUGGAGGAGGAGAUGGUCGAGCUGCAGCGGCAACAGGGCGUGCUCUUGAGAUCUUUGUCGGACGAGGCGUGGGCAGAGGAUGUGGCGAAGCGGAUCGGCGCCGCCGGCGGCAAGGAGGCGGUGAUGGUCGAAAUCGAAAAAGUUGUGGCGGCGAGUCUCCUUGACAAGGAGACUGCCGAGCUGGAGGCCAUGCGCGCGGCCGCGCUAAAGACAAGCCUGGAGCAACAGAAGCACGGAGCCCCCUACCCGGGGGGGGUGGGGGCGUUCGACGACGAACAACCCCGCGAGGCUUCCGCCUCGCCAGUGGCACGAAAACCUGCACCCUCGAAGGGGAUGAUGUAAUGUUUGAGCUUUAUCGGGCAUACACAUCUAAGAGUGAUCCUGUUCGUUGCCAUGCGACGAGUGAGUGUUGACGGUGGAGAAACGUUGCUUUCCUUUUUUUGGUGGUUGCAACACGUGUCAAGGUUACAACUCUUUUGUUUUCUCUGUAUUCGGUGGCGCCAUGGAUGUAGACCACCAUCGGCUUAAGGGCCGGGGGAGCGGAGGCAAGGGUUGGGGAAACACGCGAGCAGCUUCUCGGCGCAGAGCCACAGGGGGAAGUUGGAAGAGAGCCAGAAGGGAUGUUUGACCUGCCACAGCAUGACCUGUUCUUACAUCCGUUGUUCGAGGCGCGCUAUUGCGGUAGCCGCCACGUUCUCUUCUGGCACCCCCUAAACAGCCAAAUAGCUGAUAAAAACUGAAAGUAUGAAGCAGUUUGGCGUUUUUUUCACUUGGUUUUUCUUCUUUCUCGGGUCGUCCCGC